UCUAGUGCUGUUGGUGGCCCAUUUAUCAUAUCUCCGCCCUCCAGUGUUUCAGAUCCCAUGAGGGCGGCUCUUUAAAUUGCCCCAAAACUGCUCCUGGCUGGCGCCUUUUCCCCCUUAUCUGCAGAAGACAAGACGUACACGUGCUAUUUAUAGGACGUCGUAAGAACAAACUUCUCAACCUGCUGGACUGGGCAAAAAAAAAAGCAAAGCAAACAUGAGCGACAAGGGGACAGUCUCACCGAAAGAGAAGGAGGCAACAGAGAAGAGGGGGCGUGGAAGACCCCGUAAGCAGCCCCAGGAACCAAGUGGGUCCCCGACUCCAAAGAGGCCCAGAGGACGGCCGAAGGGCAGCAAAAACAAGACAGCCAGCAAGGGCAAAAAGGCGACGGCGGCUCCAUCUGCAGGGGGGAAACGCAGGGGAAGACCUAAGAAGGAGGAGAAGGAAGAAAAGGCGUCCCAGGAAUCAUCUGAGGAGGAAGAAGACGAAGAAGAGGACCAGUAAUUCACAACGCAUGCUACCUCACUCAACAUACUGACUUACUGUUAACCAGAACUGGGCUGUAUCUCCAACACCAGUGCCACCACAUGACCACUGUUCACGACAAAGCCCUCUUUUUUUGCCAAAAGGAGGGUUAACCACAGUACAAAUAUCAUGCAACAGCACUGGAUAGAACGAUGGACCUUGCUCAAGCAUAGAUCUAAGAAUUUACAUGAAAGGUAACAGCCCUUUUCUCUACAUGUCAUGUUAUCACAAGUCUUUUAUACUGGACAAAAGUGUGCUCAAAGGAGCCUGGACGUUUCCAUUUUUUCCCCCCCCUAAAGAUGGUUUGUAGGACGUUUUUCCUCUUGCUUUAUGUUACUUAUUUGUUGUACCCGCAUCUGAGAUGGUAGGGCAUAUAGAUUUCUCUCCAUGUUUUAUACUGGACAAAGGUGAAUUUUACCUAUACUUGCUGUUUUUUUUUUUGUUUGUUUUUUUGUGUGUGUGUGUUUAUGUGAAGUGGUUAACCUAUCCGUUACAUCGUAUUAUAGAUGGAGUUGAGCUUCAGCGUUUAGGAUGAGAAUAGGUAACUGAUGGUAGAAGUGGGUCCCCCCCCUUUUUUUUCUUUCUUCAUUUCUAACCUGCAUAACUGAUUUCGCCCUCCCUCCUUUUCUUACCAGUAGAGCAGAAUCACCUUCACCCCUCCCUCUCUUUCUGUAGGACAGUUUUUUUUUUUUUUAGAUUUACCUCCGCUUCUCAAACUUCUUUCGCAGUCCUCGGCGUGUAGAGGGGAGAUGUAAAAGUGUAUCGUUUAGUAAAACAGAACAGUCUGAUCAGACUUACUGUUGUUCCUUCGGGUUACAUACCAUUUAAAAAAAACAAAACGACAAAAAAAAAAAAAAACAUGAGUGUGCUGCUUUUCAUGUUAUAAUAAACUCAAAUCUUUUUUGGUAUAAUGUGUGUUUUUAAGGAUAGAGUUGGCAGAGUUCUAGGCUGAGAGCAUCAGUGUCAUUUCUUCAGGGAGCUUUUACAAAUGCUGUUACAUUGGCGUCUUUGUCUUCACAUGGUCCUCAGUUUCCAAGCGCUCACUCAAUCACUCGCAAAGGCAAAUUGCAAUUGGUCAAACAAGGAGUUUGAUUGUAACAGAGGAUAGUUGGUGGCACUACUAUCCAACAGGGCUGUGCGUUUUUUUUUUGUUUUGGUUUUUUUUUUCUUUUUCAUUCCAUCAAGCUCUCACUGCUUCACCUCGCUUGGUCCUUCUGUCAUCACUUAGUACAGUAAUAUACCUUCGCUAGUCUUUUUUUGAAGAUGUGUGUUGUAUGCUGUCUGCUACAGGAAAAAAAAAAAGAUGUUUGUGUAUUUCUAAGUGUCAGGGAACCCGCGGUCACAGUCCACUUAACUGGGUUUUUCCACACACCUAAGCUGCUACAACCUCAGUUACGAAACCCGGAAAACUGCAAACAGGUGAUACAAGGCCUGGAAUUUCAUACCUCACUCAACAGCUUACUUUACCAUAUAAUUGCAUUUAACUGGUUUUCUGUUGUUUUUUAAAUGUAACCUCUGGCAUGAGUUGGAAAGAUGUCGUUAUUACAAAGUUUUUUUUUUUGUUUGUUUUUUUAAAAACCUGACUGUAAUGAGGUGUCUAAAGAUAUCAAGUUUGUGAUUGUGUGUGCAUACGCAGCACGUCUUGGCUCGUUCAUAAACCGGAGCUUGCAGACAGGUUGUAUUAAAUGUGUGAAGCAAGUCAGGGAGACCUGUCAGCUUGACAACUGUGUUCGCUGACUGUGGUAGAUUAGCAGGUGUGUUUUUAUCAGUUUAAAAAAAAAAAAAAAAAAAAAAAAUCUUCUGGUGCACUGAAAUAUUGGUUCAGAUUUUCAUGGACAAAUGUUUGUGUGUUUGUGAUAGACUGGGCGCUCUUUCCACUUAACUGUUCUGUUGGGCCACCGUGUGUUUGGCACUACCACACGCAGCCACCCUCGCCAUACUCAACUACAAAAAAACGGUCAUUUCAUGUCUUUCUCAACAUCCUCCAACUACUCUUUACAAUACCAAUGUCAUUUUACAUCCCAACAUCUUACAUCCGUUCAUUUAUAUACUGUAAACUCAACAGGAUGGGAUCAUUCUUUUUAAUGUACACCGUAUAUAAAUGUACAAUGUCUAUAUUUCUAUGGUGCCCUACAACAAUUUGUAUCAGAAAUGGUCAAUAAAGAGAAUUUUCUUUGUCA